AUGCUCGGUGCUGAGGGGGAGACGGACUCGUUUUCCUCCAAAGACUCCACGGAAGAGAGGCGCAAAUCUCCGCUUUCGGGAGGCAAAGAGCCGCCCUCUGACAGCCGGUACACGGAGCAUGGCUUCGGCCCCGAACGCGUCUUCAUCGCGCCCAAAGCCACCGCAGACACCGCGACGACGACGCCCUGCUCCUUCGUCCCCUACAGCCCCAGCGGGAGCAUCUACGCCCCGUCCGGCACGGCCAGGUACCCGACAUCCCUUCACCUGGGUCCCGUGGGAUUCUCCCCAAGCACUGGCCCGCGCGGCCACUUCAGCCCGGCCUACCAGAUCGGGCAGAACCCCGGCUGCCUCUACCCGCCUUACAGCGGCUCGGGCCCGGCUCUCAGCAGCGUCGCCAUCUCUGCGAACGGGCCGGCAGCGAGGGCCCACGUCUAUUUGUGCAACCGGCCUCUGUGGCUCAAGUUCCACCGGCACCAGACCGAGAUGAUCAUCACCAAGCAGGGCAGGCGAAUGUUCCCGUUUCUGAGUUUUAACAUAGCAGGUCUAAGUCUGACUGCGCACUACAACGUGUUUGUGGAGGUGGCGCUGGCAGAUCCCAACCAUUGGAGAUUUCAAGGUGGCAAGUGGGUCACAUGUGGCAAGGCUGACAACAGCAGCCAAGGGAACAAAGUGUACAUCCACCCAGAAUCUCCGAACACAGGGGCCCACUGGAUGAGACAAGAAAUCUCCUUCAGCAAACUGAAACUCACUAACAACAAAGGCACAAAUCACAGCAUGUCACAGAUGAUCGUCCUGCAGUCCUUACACAAGUAUCAGCCCAGGCUACACAUUGUGGAAGUGACCGAGGACAGUGUGGAGGACAUCAACACAGAUCCAAAGACUCAGAGCUUCAUCUUUCCAGAGACCCAAUUCAUAGCAGUCACUGCUUACCAGAACACUGAUAUUACACAACUGAAAAUCGACCACAACCCUUUUGCCAAAGGUUUCAGAGAUAAUUAUGAUUCGAUGUACACAGCUCCAGACAAUGAUCGCCUCACCCCUUCCCCAUCCGACUCCCCUCGUGCCCACCAGAUUGUCCCCAGUGCCCGCUACACCAUGCAGCCCAUCUUACAGGACCAGUUUGUCAACAACUUUACCCCAAACCGUUUCUAUAACAGUGAGCGAGCCGUGCCUCAAACCAGCAGCCUCCUCUCGCCUCAGGCAGAAGACGGAGCCUCUCAGCGCUGGUUUGUCACCUCCAUGCAACAUGGGACUGGCAGCAGCACCAGCCACAAGUUGGACCUGACAUCAUAUGAGGGGGAGUACUCCAACUCCUUGCUCCCUUAUGGUCUCAAAUCACUUUCCAUGCAAACAUCCCCUGGUCUCAAUUACUACCCAGACUCUCCUUUCAACAACAUGCCAACUGGGUGGGGCUCCAGGGCGGCGUAUCAGAGAAAAGUGACUCCAAGUCUGCCUUGGUCACCGAGGCCCAGUCCCGCUGCUGGUUUCCCAGACGACUCAGUUAAGGUGAAGCCACAGUUAGAGGAUGAGGUGCACAGUGGAUGCCUGAUAUCUUCCUGGGCAGAGACACAGCCAUCUUCUCUUUCUCUUGACAAGACUGAGUCCUAUACACCCACCUGCAAGCGAAGGCGUUUGUCUAUGAAUGUGCCGAGCACAGAGGACUCCUCUGCCGACAUUAAAUGUGAGGACAUGGUAUCUGUUGCUAAUGGCUCCUACAGCAAGGAAGCGCCUUCAUCCAAAGGAAUGGCAUCUUAUUAUUCCUUUUACACAAGUUAUUGA